UUCACCGAACCAGCCUCUGAAUGCCUUUCCAAACAGGAGAGAUCGAAUCUCACACCUGUAGCUGAGGGUAGCCCUCUGAGAAGCGGAUGAAGAAACAAAUCUUACUACUUUUCACAUACAGAGGACUAGUAAGAAAAGGAAAGAAGAGUAAAAGAAGAAAAUGGCCAAUUUUAUAUUACGGAAAGCUGAACCCAAGGACGUGUCUGACAUAUUGCGACUCAUAAAGGAACUGGCAAAAUACGAGGAAAUGGAACAUCAAGUCAUUCUAACUGAAAAAGAUCUCUUAGAGGACGGUUUUGGAGAUCACCCGUUUUAUCACUGUAUAGUGGCUGAAGUGCCCAAAUUGCACCAGAGCGCUGACGCUCAUGUGAUUGUUGGCUUUGCCAUGUAUUACUUCACCUAUGACCCCUGGAUUGGAAAACUGCUCUACUUGGAAGACUUCUACGUUAUGGAGGAAUUUAGGGGUUUUGGUAUUGGAUCUGAAAUCCUGAAGAAACUGAGUGAAACGGCGGUCAGGACUCGGUGCAGUAGUAUGCACUUCAUCGUGGCGGAGUGGAACAAAUCCUCCAUCGAGUUCUACAAGCGGCGAGGAGCUUCAGAUCUCUCCCUGGAAGAAGGAUGGAGGCUCUUCAAGAUUGACAAACAGAACCUCCUCAAGAUGAUGCACGAGGAGUGAGCAGGAUGUUUGGACGGUGCAAUCUACAGGAGGAAACUUACAGUGUCUUAGACUAAUAUUAAUUUGUGUGUAGUGUUUAGUCUAGAUGAUUAAAAAGAGUUGUGGUUUUAGGGUCUUUCUACUUACAAUUUAGUGUACUGUUGUUUAAAUGGAUGUGUCUUUUCAUAUACACUAUUCUGUAUAUUGUCUUUAUACUUAAUCAUAAAUGGAAAAAAGUUUGUCCAUGUGAUUUUUCUUUCUUUUUUUUUUUUUUCUCAAAUGUUUCAUAUAAGGGGUAAUGCUUGCCCAGUUUUAUACUGUACAUAUUGGUGAAUCUCAUGAAACCUGCCAUGUCCGGGUCACAUUUCACCUCAAAUUCAAAUAAAA